AUGGUGGGUUUGCGUCCACAGCCCACGAAACGAGUUCAGUUCUACAGCCGAGUGGAGUACGUGUUUGACGCGCUCGAGGUUACAGCGUCGAUACCGUUGACGGAUUUGGAGUCUACGAGAUACCCUGGCGAAGUUUGGCGUCUCAACUGGCAUUGUUUCUCGCCUCGACGUAAAUUGACUCGGCUGGCGUUUCAACACCUAGUUCACUUCGCAGAGAAGGCGUCGUCGUGUGCGUCCGCGAAGCAGCGUCAUAGGUAUACGCCGGUGUGCUCGGUAACGGCCAUGCGGAUUCCACCUGCAGCCGAUCCGACGUCCGGACGCAUGAACCCCUUCCUUGACACAGAAGCCUUAUUCAUACCGAGUGUGGACGAUGAAAAGAUGCGGGAAGGCAAUGACGUGUGGACGCAGCAAACGUAUCCACGAGUGAUUUGCCCAGCCCACAUGAAGCCAUCAGCAUCAAACGGAAGCGUGGACGAAAUCCCUGUCAACUGGGAAGGCUCAGACCUAAGCCUUGAUCAACGAGAAGUCCUGCGUAAACUGCUCUUGCAGUUCGACAUCUUUGUCACGACGUCGAAAGCCCCAGGGCGAACAAAUUUGGUCAAGUGUCAUGUGAAUACGGGCAACGCAAGCCCGAUCAAACAAGCUCUGGCUGAUCAGACCGUCAACGAGGCCAUGGGCAGUCCUGUGCUGAUGAUACGGAAGCCGCACGGAUCGAUCCGUUUCUGCAUUGCCUACCGGAAGUUGAACGAUGUGACGAUCAAGGACUGCUAA